CUUCAUUCGAGAUAUCACACUCGAUCAAUCCGUUCUGGAGAAGCGACGUUGCCCCCCCAUUAGAGCAGCUGCCGACGGCGGAGGAGGAGGAGGAGGAGGAGGAGGAGCGAUGGGGUGGUGGAGGUGCGGCGUGAAGAGCCUGAGGUACUCGACCAUGGUGCUGGGCUCGUCCAACGCGGCGGUGGUGGCCCUGGGCGGGUGUCUCCUCCUCCUCUCUCUCCCCUCAUGGCCUCGCCGGACGCUCCCUUUCGCCGCUGUCGCCUUGGCCGCGGCCGUCCGGAUCGUCGCCAAUACGGGGAUCGCCCAGCAAGCCACGGCCACGACCGUCCUCGAGUCUUCCGAGAGCCCGGUCGUCGAUGCCGUUAUCCGCCAUCAGAGACAGACGAGGUAUAAAAAAUGGAUUUGGUGGACCCGAUUUGUGACGGUUGUCAUGAUGGUGCAAUUUGUGGGUGCAACUUAUCUUGUGCUCAAGAUAUCUAAGUCUGUUUCCCACAAUGAAACAACGAGUGACUGCUUCUUAGGGAUUGUCUCCAAAGGAAGCAUGUGGAAGUGGAUGCUGGCUUUAUUCAUUGUCAUGGUGUGUUUUGUUGCGCUACUUCAGUGUUUUACGGGCUCUGAUGUUCUAAGGUGGAGAUCAUUUUAUGCAACUGAGGACAAUGCAUGGAAGGCCCACUAUAGGGAGGUAUUUGAUCAUGGCAUGCGUGAGGCAUUAUGCUGUCUUGGACGUGUAAAAUACCUGAGUGUUAUGGAUGAAGAUGAAGUUUAUUCAGUAGCACGAGUACAUGGGGAUCUUGUUGCCUAUCGUGCAUCAGGCACUGGCCACUUGGAACUUUUGGCAGGCCUAGCUCUGUUUCAGAGGAACAGUUUUUCGUCACAACCUCAUGAAGUGCUAAUAAAUGCACCUAGAGGACAAAUCGAGGAGGCUGCCACUCUUCAUAAGUUUGCUGAAGCUGCAUACACAGGUCCUUUGCUCGAUUUUGGAAGAAAUCCCUUCAUCUUUCCAUGUGCAUGGCUCUACAGGCAGGGGAUCUUGACUCCCUGGUCCUGCAACAGGAGGCCAAAACUUCAUGGCGAUAAUUGGUGGCGUGGUCAUGCAGCUGCCUUCUUGAAGUAUGCUGGUCUGCCUCCUGAUGCACUUCGCCAAGGCCGUGUCUGUCAGGCAAAAUGUGAGGCUGCAUAUUUCAUAGUUGUUCUCCAUCAUGCAAGGACGGUUGUAGUUGCUGUUCGUGGAACUGAGACACCUGAAGAUCUCAUAACAGAUGGUUUAUGCAGAGAAUGCACCCUCUCUGCAGAAGAUUUGGAUGGAUUGAUGAGUGACCCUUGCUCUGACAUAAGGCAAAAUAUCGAAACCUCUUUCCCCCGUUAUGGGCACUCUGGAAUUGUUGUGGCUGCACGAGAACUUUUUCUGCAAAUUGAAGGAAAUCUUAGAAACAAUGGAGAUGAGGAGCCCACAUUCAGGAGCCAUCUGUCCUCAUUGAUGGGUCCGGGAUGUGAGUGUGAUGGUUAUAAUUUGCGGAUAGUGGGGCACUCACUUGGAGGUGCCAUUGCUGCUAUGCUAGGCCUUCGAGUAUGACCAUUCCACUUAUAGUUAUUUGUUUGGCUCUCACACUGCUUUACUCAUUAUGGUUCUAAUCAUACUGAAGAGACUGCAUGUGAAAGUAGAUGGCUUAUAUGUAUUACGAUAGAGAAUAGAAUUUGGAAAGAUUAGCCAUGUGUACA